UCCUUCCAGUUCCAGCUCCGCAAAAGCCAAGCAAUCGAGUGAGUUAUAGCCAAUACACUCGACGACAGGGAAAACAGCCAAAACUUGUAUCAAAAUCGUCGGAAACCACCUAUCCGUCGGCAAUGUCGGCGGCGAAAGCCUCGCAGUCACCGACAUCUCUCGCCACCGUCUGCACACUCCAAGGCUCUCUCCUCACUCUCGCCGUUCUAACUUUAGUCUCCUUCAGCUACAUCUCGCUAAAGUCUCUCCACUCGCCAUCUCUCGAAUCCUCCACCAAUCCUUCUCCCUUUCAACGUCCACUGGUGAUUAAUUCGGCCGUUAAUGACACUGAAAUUUCGACAUCCGUUGAGGAACCAGUAGUAUCGUUAUCAUCUGAGGAGGAAUUGUCGGAUGUGUAUCACUCGCCGGAUGUAUUCAGAUUGAACUAUGCUGAAAUGGAGAAAAAGUUCAAGGUAUAUAUAUAUCCGGAUGGCGAUCCGAAUACGUUUUACCAGACGCCGAGGAAGCUGACUGGGAAGUACGCCAGCGAGGGUUAUUUUUUCCAGAAUAUCAGGGAGAGUAAAUUUGUUACGGACGAUCCAGAUCAGGCUCACUUGUUCUUCAUUCCAAUAUCUUGCCAUAAGAUGAGAGGAAAGGGCACAUCCUAUGAGAACAUGACCAUAAUUGUACAGAACUAUGUUGAGAGCUUAAUAGCAAAGUACCCAUACUGGAAUAGAACUCUAGGAGCUGAUCACUUUUUUGUUACUUGCCAUGAUGUUGGUGUGAGGGCUACUGAAGGACUUCCAUUUCUCAUAAAGAACUCUAUUCGUGCUGUGUGCUCUCCAAGCUAUGAUGUUGGAUAUAUUCCGCACAAAGAUGUUGCUCUCCCACAAGUUCUGCAACCAUUUGCCCUUCCAGCUGGUGGAAAUGAUGUGGAGAAUAGGACAUCUCUGGGAUUUUGGGCAGGCCAUAGGAAUUCUAAAAUCAGGGUCAUCUUGGCACGUGUAUGGGAGAAUGAUACAGAACUUGAUAUCUCUAACAACAGAAUAAACAGGGCUACUGGACAUCUACUCUAUCAAAAGAGAUUUUACAGAAAUAAGUUCUGCAUAUGCCCUGGUGGCUCUCAGGUCAAUAGUGCACGCAUAGCAGAUUCCAUACACUAUGGAUGUAUUCCCGUGAUACUCUCUAAUUAUUAUGACUUGCCAUUCAAUGACAUUCUCGAUUGGCGUAAAUUUGCCGUCAUAGUCAGGGAGAAGGAUGUAUAUGAGCUAAAGCAAAUUCUCAAGAGCAUAACUCAAGAAGAGUUCGUGACUCUGCAUUACAAUUUAGUCAAGAUCCAGAAACAUUACCAGUGGAAUUCACCUCCUGUCAAAUAUGAUGCUUUUCAUAUGGUCAUGUAUGAACUGUGGUUGCGCCACCGCGUACUCAAGUAUUAACUGCAACUUUUCAUCAUAAACUUGACUCGCAUAUACUCAGGAAUCAGGAGGUUGCUGGAUCAGUUUAUAAAUUGUAUAUAACCUCAUAACAGUUUCUUCUUUCAUCUGCUCUCUAUUCUUUAUAUUUAUUCCCCUCCUAUAGGUUUUGAAUUAGUUCCUUUUUUGACCUGUGAAGAACCAGAGACAAAACUGUUGAGGGCAUGAUUAUCUGUUGUCUGUAUGUUUAUGAGUUCUUUGUGAACCCAGCAAGUAGCUGCAGUUAUAUUGUGUUGCUAAUUAUUUCUUUCAAUUACUUUUCCCAGUGGGUUAUAGUU